ACUUUGAAAGCGGCACAGCUGAAAAUGAAGUCCCACCCCCUUUGCCUCCACAUCCUAGUGAGAAGCGGUUCACAGAUUAUAAUCAUAGCACGGCAGCAGAUUCAGAGACUUUUUUCCCAGAUCAGCCCCUCAACUUCAGAUCUUUGACCUUGUCCAAACAGACGGAAUUAAUUAACCUGAAAACCUCCAAGAGCAUGGACCUUGUGGCAGAUGAAAGUAAAGUUGCCUUAUUGACUGCUCAGAAACUAGAAUCUCCUAGUAAGGAUAUUGGUCCCACCCUGGGAUUAAAAAAGUCGAGUUCCCUAGAAAGUCUCCAGACAGCUGUUGCUGAAGUGAAAAAGAAUGAUCUUCCAUUCUACCGGCCUAGACCUCACAUGGUCCGUGGGAGGGGAUGUAACGAGAGUUUCAGAGCUGCCAUCGAUAAAUCCUAUGAUGGACCUGAAGACGUGGCAGGAGAUGGUCUAUCGGAUAAGAGUUCCCUUUCUGGCCGAGAAGGCCAGAACUUUGCAAAAGCCUUUCACAUGAACUCUGAAUUGGAAGAUGUGGAAGGAAAGACAAAGAAACACAAGAAGACCAAAGAAAAAUUGAAAACGAAAGAAAAAAACAAAAAGCCUAAUCUCAAGAACAAAUCAAAAAUCAACGAAAAGGACAAAAAAGAGGAGAAUGACAAUCCUGAAAGAAAAACAAAAAAGAAAAGUUUGGGCGCUAUGUUAAGGUAA